AUGUCUGACGAUUUAGCUCAAAAAACUGAAGAAUUAUCAUUAGAAUCCAAGACUGUUUUUGAUACAAAGGAAGAAUUUACUGCUAAACAUCCUUUAAAUAAUAGAUGGACUUUAUGGUAUACAAAACCACAAACCAACAAGAGUGAAAACUGGCAUGAUUUAUUAAAACCAGUUAUUACUUUUUCAUCAGUUGAAGAAUUUUGGGGAAUUUAUAAUUCAAUUCCACCAGCAAAUCAAUUACCAUUAAAAUCAGAUUAUCAUUUAUUUAAAGAAGGAAUUAGACCUGAAUGGGAAGAUGAUCAAAAUGCUAAAGGUGGAAAAUGGCAAUUUUCUUUUACUAGAAAACAUGAAGUUACUCCAAUUAUUAAUGAAUUAUGGUUAAGAGGUUUAUUAGCUGUUAUUGGUGAAACUAUUGAAGAUGAUGAAAAUGAAGUUAAUGGUAUUGUUUUAAAUAUUAGAAAACAAGCCUUUAGAGUUGGAAUUUGGACUAAAGAUUGUGAUGAUUCUAAAUUAAAGACUGUUGGUGAAAGAUUAAAGAAAAUCUUACAAUUAAAGGAUGAACAAAAGGUUGAGUUCUGGUCUCAUGAUGCUUCAAAUACAAAGGGUGCUGAAGCUCAAAUUAUCUUGUAA